AUGGCGGGGGCGUUUAAACUACUACCGUCAUUGUUAAAAAGCAAAACAAAAGCCGAUUAUGGUCUUCCACGUUUUGUUUGGAAUCAAGUCAAAAUCGAAAGAGAGUUAGCAAGUGGAGCUUACGGGCAAGUUUAUAUUGGAAAAUAUUUGAGUACGGAAGAGAGAGUCGUCAUUAAAAAGCUGAAAAGUGAGUCAGGAGAUGCGAAGAAAAGAUUUAUCAAAGAGGCCAAAAUGUUGAAUGAUUUAAAGAGACAUGACAAUAUCUCUCAAUUUCAAGCGUUUUGUGAUAACCCAUUUGCAAUCGUUAUGGAAUACUCUGUAUUUGACUUUAAUCCAUUUGGCCCAGAUAAAGCAGUCACGACGUUGGAAGAUUUCGUACAUUUUGUGGAUGACGAAUACGACUUCUCUUCUUUUCACGAAAUUGUACCAGUAUGUGCAAAAGACAUAGCAUCUGGGCUUGAUUUCCUCCACAAAAGAAACAUUGCACACAGAGAUUUAAAGCCUAGCAAUGUUCUUGUGAGCAACUUGCACUACACCUCCAAACAAGACCAGGAGUUGUAG